AGAGGCCAACGCAAAAUCAGUCUUCCCUGUUCUUUAGGUUCUGAAGCCACUCUCUCUCAUACUCACAUACCUCCAAUUGGGAUGAGUGCCUGUGACUGGAAAAGAAGGAUUGAGCCUUGCAAGGGUUCUCGUCUUCCAAUUAAGGGCAGAGAAACCAUGAGCAAACCAAACACUCCUGCUAAAGAUACUCGACCGGUUAAACUUAAGGCUGAACCCAGCAGCCAAAUGUCUAAGAACUCAGUUUCUGUACGACACCAUGCCCUUACGAAUAGGACCUUGAAAGAUAAAUCAGUUAUAGAUAGUCCUGGAAAGGCCCAAGAAAUCAGAAAGCCGGAGAUUCCUAGUCAAUGUGCUUAUGAUGCAGAAGCCAGUUCCUCCAAACCCAACUCGUAUAAUUCUCCAGCAGUCAAAACAUCUCAUAGUAACGACAGAACUAAGAUUCCAUCAGAUUCUGGAAGGCAAAAAGCUCAUGAUUCUAAAGUCAGUACCUCCGAAACCAAAUCUAGUUGUAGCAGGAGAGUGAAGAUUCAAGCAGAUUGUGGAGAAGUACUUAAGAUUCAACCAAAUUCCAGUGGGGAACAAGAUUAUGAUUUGAAAACUGGUAUUAGCAGAGCGAAGAUUCAAUCAUAUUCUAGAAGGCAAGAAGAGGCUCCUGAUUCUGAAGCCUGUACCUGGAAAAGCAGAUCAUUCAGGAUAGUUCAUCCAGCAGCUAAGGUUAAGUCUCAAGGUGUGAGCAAAGUGGCUGAGCAGAAAUCUAAAAUCAGGACGGUAACCAACCAAUCAGCGUCUGAACGGAAGCAGCUUAGUGAUAAUCUUGUAGGAUCUCCAAAAGGUAAAACCAAGGAGAAGAGCAAACCUAAUCAUACACAAACAGUCGUAGAAAGCACAUUGGAUGAACCGCCACAGCAUAAGCCUGCUGCUAAGGAGGCAGAUGGUAAACCUAAAUCAUUGAUCAAGAAGAAGAGUAGCCAGCCAACGGGAGCAACGAGAGAGCUCGCGGAGCAGACAAACAGAAAGGCCAAGGCUGAUGAAAGAUACUCUCCGGUCCACCAUGUUGAAUACCAUGGUCCUAACAAGAUAUGCGAGAACUGUUUCUUGUGCGAAAAAGACAUUUCCUGUCGCGACAGCGUGCAAGACCAGAUUUUGGUUUACAGGGACGGUUCUGAUCGGUUACCGGAUUUUGUUAAACCCGCAGAAGUUUCCAUUCUUCCAUGCGGGCAUGUCUUUCAUAGCCAGUGCUUAAUGUUGUUUACAGGCAUAUCGGUAGAGAAGUCUCUUGAUCCACUCUGCAUCAUUUGUGAGAGUUUGUCUUGCACCUAGCCAUUCUUAUUUUACACAAGCUGUUCUUCAUUUUCAGAAGAGGAAAACGUUUAGUCUGACAGAAUCUUAGCAUG